CGUCCACACGCACCUCUGACGGACAGCCGACGGAAACCGUGUUUAUUCGUAUUUGCCGCGAUAAAGUCCCGUUCUAGCUGGCGCGGUUCUGCGCGGUUCAGAGUCGGCUUGUUCUUGUAAUCAUCAGCCCGACCGACAGCAUCGCUGCCAGCAGCUGCUCCUUCACGGAAGCGCUUCUGCUGUCUUCUGCGGGUUUGAAGGGCACGGCGGGGCAGAUGUAGGCUGCAUGGUAUAAACCUCUCUCCCCAGCAUCUCUGCAACACUCCACCUGCACCUGCAUCUCCUCGCUGAGGAGGGAAGGACGUGAGGAAGGAAGGAAAGGAAGGAAGGAAAGGAAGGAAGCCGCCGAGAUGCCGAUGGUUUCAUCUGGGAAUCAGCGGGGAAGGAAAGUUCAGAGUGUUUUCGUGUAACAGAGAGUCUGAUAGACUCAGUCCGGACUGAGUGACCUCUACGUCUCCAGAUAGCCCAGCCAGCAGAGCUGUCACAGCCAUUUGCGAGAGAGAAACCACAAACAGGAAUCCCAGAAAUGGAUCCAAAUAAGCUGAGCCAAAGCAAAAACAAAGAAGACAAUCCAAACAGCAGAGCAGAGGCUUUAACAGCAACUCCAGCUCCAGAUACAGUGAAUCCACCUGCUGAGCUGACGGCUGACCAACCUGCAGCUCCCCUGAGGCCUCGGGGACCUCAGAGAAGCCCCAGAGUUGAGGGCUCUGUUGACAUCUCAGAAGUCAAAGGUAAACCUGCUCCACUAACCAAUCAAGAGGAGAGUGUGACUGAUGGCUCUGCCCCGAGCCACCUCAGAGGCUCUCACCCUGCAACAGUCAAACCAACAGAAGAGCGCGGCGGGGACAGUGUUAAGGCUGGUCCAAAACGUCCAGGUUUCCACCCUGUUAGGGCUGCCUCAGUUCCCCAGCCACCCGGCAGCAGGCCGGCGGCUCCUCACCUGAAUCCUCACGCACAGAGAGCCCUCUCCGUCGCAGGCACUGCUGACACUCAGUCUCAGACUGUGGAAGACUUCAGGGUGCACAUCAUCACCUGGAAUGUGGGCUCUGCCACGCCACCUGAUGACAUCACUGCUUUACUGGGGUUGAAUGUGGGAGAUGGAAACACAGACAUGUACAUUAUCGGUCUGCAGGAAGUGAAUUCAAUGAUUAACAAAAGACUGAAAGACGUCCUGUUCACAGACCAGUGGAGCGAGGUCUGCAUGGAGAGACUCAGUCCCUUUGGUUAUGUGCUGGUGACAUCACAGCGGAUGCAGGGCUGUUUGCUGCUGGUCUUUGCCAAAUACUUCCAUCUGCCCUUUCUCCGUGGAGUCCAGACUGAAACCACCCGCACGGGCCUAGGGGGUUACUGGGGAAAUAAGGGCGGUGUUAGUGCCCGCAUGUUGGCGUUUGGUCACAGCGUUUGCUUCCUAAACUGCCACCUGCCGGCUCACAUGGAAAACUCUGAUCAGCGGAUGGAGGACUUCGAGAGCAUCUUGCAGCAGCAACAGUUUGAGGGUCAGGCUGCCACUGGUGUUCUUGACCAUGAUGUUGUGUUCUGGUUAGGGGAUCUCAAUUUCCGUAUUGAUGACCUAGAUAUGCAAGUGGUAAAAUCAGCCAUUGACAACAACAAGCUUUCCAUCUUGUUGGAAAAAGAUCAGCUUAACAUGGCUAAAGACAGCGAGACAGUGUUGGAGGGAUUCCAAGAGGGGCCUCUGAAAUUCCCUCCCACCUAUAAGUUUGACGUUGGAACAAAUACAUAUGAUACAAGUGGGAAGAAACGUAAACCCGCUUGGACCGAUCGGAUCCUGUGGCGCUUGAGGGCAACCGCACCUGCUGGUCAGAGCGUUGGGAAGCGUGGUUCAAUUUCAGGGCUGACCAGCGGAACCAAAGUGACACAGCACUGCUACCGAAGUCAUAUGGAGUACACUGUCAGUGACCAUAAACCAGUCUCCUCCAUCUUUACCCUGCAGUUCCCAUACAAAGUGGACAUUCCCCUUGUCAUAAUCGUGGUGGAGGAUGAGUGGAAUAGCAUUGAUGAUGCAAAAGCAACAUUCAAACUGGCACCCAACUUUUCUCGCAGUUCAUGGGACUGGAUUGGACUAUACAGGGUGGGUUUCAAGCACCACAAGGAUUAUGUUGGGUAUGUUUGGGCCAAGCAGGAGGAAUCAGAUUUUCAUCGCCAGGAACAUCAGGUAACCUUUACAGAGGAGGAAUUGCCCAAAGGCUCAGGGGACUUUAUCUUGGGUUACUAUAGCAACAACAUGAGCACCAUUGUGGGUGUAACAGAACCAUUUCAGAUCCAGCUUCCCACUUCAGAACACGAUAGCAGUUCUUCAGAUAGCUCUGACGUCAGCUCAGAAGAUGACAGCACUGUGGUCAUGAAGAUGAGGUCCCGCAGUUCUAGUCCACGUAAGGGCAAACACCGCAGACAUCGCAGUGGCAGCCGCAGCAGCCGCCACGGCAGUCCUGCACAGACCAACCAGACCACCAUGUCAGAGAAUUUGCCUACAGGACACCCAGAAGGGGGCAGCAGCAGUCUACACUCUGGUUCUGGGGAAACAGACAAAAUCGCUGAGGAUUCAGGAGUGUGAAGCACCACUAAGUCUUGCUGUUGUUUCAGUUCACAUAGCCAAAUGUUGUGUCUUUUAUUCCAUACAUCCACUAAGCUGUAUGUCUUCUGUACUGACAAUGUACAGGUCUUUAUGCCGUCCUUUUCAGGAACAUCAUCUGUUUUGUGCAGAUGAUUUACUGGGCCUUGAGUUAUUGUAUUAAACUGUGCACUUUGUAUGUUUUUUAUUUGGACAUGUUUUCCCAGAUGUUUCCUAUACCUUUGUCCAUUCUCAGGUGUGGAUAGUACAGGGAGCUGACUUUUUUGCAUUAGAAAUUACUCAAGGAGUCACAAUCAUGUCAAGUGAAACAGUGGUUACUUAAAAUUCUUUGAAGACAACUUACCCUAUUACAAACACAGUAGUUUUAAACCAUGCACAGAUUUACGAGGCAGUCAAGUCAGUAGGCUGCAAAUAAUAGGCAACAUGGAAUUGUUAUAUACUUGAUACCUGCUCACGUCAUUCACUGUUUAGUUUAGUUGAAUAUCUCUAUUAUGACACAAAAUAUCUCAUUCUGAUUUUUAAAAUAAAUCAUUUAUGGAAUAAUUUUCAAGCUUCGUACAAAAUCCCCAUUGCUAAUUUCUGCAAAUGGAGACAGUCAUGAAAUUUGAAUCAAUGACAUACAAUAUACUGUUCUGUUUUGGUCUUGUGGAUAUUCCCUGCUUUGGAAAUUUAGCACACAUGACAACAUGACACAUAAUAUGCAAUGAGCAUUUCAGAAGAACCCUCAAAAGGACUAAAGUCAUGCCUGGGUGCAUGAAAACAGAGCAGAACCAAAAGAGGUGGAGAAACUGCAUGGUAGCAGUGCAGCAUGUCAGCGUGAAGUGUAAAUAUGAGCGUAAAGGCCUUUAAAUAGACCACCAUAUCAGUGUAGCAGGAUAUAAUGGCUGUAGGGGACCAUGUCAGCCAUGCCAGCCGAUACGCCACAGCUGUCCUGCCAGAACUAGUUGAUUAACAGUCAGUCACUCAGUGCUGGUUUUGGCCAGCCAACUGCAGAAAUACCAGACCUAACGUGAGUUGCUUUUACACAGGCGCCCUGGUCUUAGUUAAUGAGCCUCAUGUGAAAGUUUUCUUUUUCACCUUUUAGACAGAUUACCCACAGCAUUAAAAUAUUGUAACUGGUUUUGAUUGAACUUUUAAGGUUCUUACAAUUAUAACCCAAAACUUGACAUUGUGUAAACUGGAUGUAAAACAAAAGUAAAACUGAAAUUCUGCUGUGUAGAGCUACUACAGGGAUUUACUUUACGUCAUACAAAACCAACAUGCUCCACUUUUGUGUAAUACUCUCAUGUGUUGUAUUGGGUAUAUGAAAUGUUCAUGCUGAAUAUUUAAUUUUUAACUAAGUAUUGAUUUAGAUGCUUUUGUUCUCUUUUCAGGUGAACUUGAUGUUAUCUGUUUUUUUCCCGCUUGCUCAGAUCCUCCAUUAAUGAUCCUGCUGAUUAGCUGAUGGUAACAAUUGUCACAAUAGUGAUGUUGCAGUGUUACUGUGUGACCUCUAAUGCACCAUCAUUGACACUGUACUGUUGGGCUGUUAAUGUAUGACAGUGUUGUUGCUGUAACUUUGGUGUGUAUGCCUGUGUUUAGCUGCCAGUACUUGUGUUUCUCUUGUGUUUUUGUGUGUUUUGGAUGAAAGUGGUGUGUGAGUGUGCGUGUGUGUGAAUAACUGGCAAUGGUGAAUGUGUUGGGGCUGUGUUUGCAUGAUUUGCCAUUGGAGAAACUGUACAUUCCAGUACUAUGGUUUUUUGGUGGCGUAAAAGUGCUGUUUUUGAAUCCUCUGUCAUAUUUGUGGCUGUGAAAAUUGUUAAAAAACAUGCUAUGGACAGUAUGAAAAUGUUGAUUUAGCUUAUAUGUAAGAUGAAGAAACGGAAGGUAGUUAAAUUUAGAUAUAUAAAAAAAAACAAAGACUGGGAAUCUUUUCGUAGUGCAUUUAUGUAUUUUCUUGACUUGGAAAGGAAAAAACCCUGCUAGAGCUUUAUUUAAAUCAAUAUGUUUGGGAAAAGAUUGUCCUACUUUAAUAUAGACACGUAUGAUCAGUACUGCAGUCAUGAUGACCAGUGAUUAUCCAUGUGACAUGUCUGCUGAAUGUUACUGUGUUGUAAUAGCAUAGCUAAAAAAGUACAAUAAGAUGAAGAUGAAAUAUUAUGCAUACAUAUAAAUAUAUAUACACAUAAAUAUGUAUAUUUAUAAAUGUAUGUGUGUGUGAGCGCAUAUAUAUGUAUACGUAUAUAUAUGUAUAUAUAUAUAUGUGUGUGUGUGUGUGUAUACAUAUGUAUAUGUAUGUAUAUUGUAUUUAUUUUCUUAUUUAAAUUUAUAAUGAUCCUACAUUCUGCAGGCCAGCAACAGAGCUUUAUUUCAGUGGAUAUAUUUAAAUCGGAGAUUUCAAAGAAUAUUGAUAUUGGUUUUCUUUUAUAUAUAUAUAGGAACUGUAUAACAUGUUAUUUUUCCUGGUUUAAUCUUCGUGAAUUCAGAUAUUUUAUUGUCAAAAGUGUUGGUUAUAUAGUUACGGAUGUUUGCAUUGUUAUGAUCGAAAUGACAAAAAAAAAUACUGCAAGGCUGUAAGAGUUGGAUAUUUGGCUAGUCAUGAUGACCAAUCUCUGUGAAAUCACUGAAUCACCGAGCAGAGCGUUGACAAGACUGAUGAUGGAUUGCUUUCUUUGUUCUUGAAGAGAAAGAAAUACUAUUCAAAUUGUCCUCUGUCUGUUUCUUGAUUCUCUCUCUCUCUCUCUCUCUCUCUCUCUCUCUCUCUCUCUCUCUCUCUCUCUCUCUCUCUCUCGCUCUCUCUCUAUAUCUAUAUAUGUGUAAGCAUAUAACAGUUUUGUGAUUGAUCAUGCUGAGACAGUUUUCCAAACAAUUGAAAGGUGUGUUUGUGGAUUGGUGAGAAUUAAACUAAGACGUAAAAGCAGUGACUAACCAUGACUGUGCGUUUUACAAAGCAGAUGAUGGCUUAGUGAAAAAUUGAGUACCCUGGAUCUAUUCAACCUGGUUUUCUACACCUUGUGAGAAUGGUGAACUUCACUUCACCAGUAUCUGUAAAGGUCAAAAGCAUAAAUACAUUUUUUAUACACUCUUUACACUCUUUUUCAGAUAGUAAAGAGAGUGCUCUAUUUUCAGUUUUUGACAGAUCCAGUCUGUUAUUUAUCUGUUAAACAAGCGUUAUUAAUUUAUUAGUCAUUCUUUAUGCCAUAAUUAAUUUCCAGAUUUAAAUGUAUUGAAUAAAUGUAAGCACAAGCGCCACAUCCUGCAGACAGCAACAGCAGGUGCGUCUUGCAUCAUGCUUUUACACUCUGAAACAGAAGGGUCAUCACUGCAAACUCAUGCUGUCUAUACUAAGCUGAUGUAACACUGCUCGGGUAUUGAGUUGCUUGGUAAGUGACGCUAAAUACCACAACUGUAAGUAAUAGUGAAAAUCAGAGAAGGAAUUGCCUGAACUAUAAAGAAUGGCAGUAGAUGCUGUUAAAAUUGGUUACUUUAAACAUUUACGUUUGUCCUCUCUUUGGAUUCCAAUACUAAGAGAUAAAGAAUACUAAGAGAUAAAGAAUAAUAAG